AUGCAGUCUCUUUCCAGUCUUCAAAUCAACCUAGCUUCCCAGUCAUUGGCGACUGAGACGCUUUCGCCUCCUGUCGUACCUAUCACGGUUUCAAUCUACAACCCUGCCGAGUCACCGAUCACCGUGCUUAAAUGGGGCUCGCCCAUUGAUGCUCGUGCCGGUGUCCUAGGUGUCUUUGAUGUCUGUGAUACUGGAAGCGGGGAGCCCAUACCACUUGACAUCAUCAGGAUAUCACGGAAGCUCCCGCCCUCGUUGGAAGACUUAGUGGAGAUCUCUGGCGGUCAAACUAUGCAUUUUACGGUUAAUCUACCUGGAGUCCAUUUCCACAAGGGGCAUGAGUACUCCGUGAGUGCAGCCGGUACUUGGCAUGCUGUAUGGGAACAGCCGCGGUCAGAUGUGACUGCAUCCCAACUGACGGAUUUGGGAAGUGCAAAUCGCGGGGAAUUUCACUCCAAUAUUGCUUUUGUGAAACUUGAAUGA